CCUCUUUCUUCUAAGGGUCAAACUCUUCCUCGUUGCUUUGCAUCUGCUUUCUUUCAUUCUUCUCUGAUCCAGUAUUCACUUCCCUUGCAAACCAACAGACAUGGCCGGGUCUGUAGCAGGAGGAGGAGCACUUCUCUCGGCUUCUCUCCAAGUUCUAUUUGAUCGGAUGGCUUCUCGCGACGUCCUCACCUUCCUCCGGAGACAGAAACUCAGUGAGACGCUCCUAAGGAAGUUGCAGAUGAAAUUGCUGGAAGUUCAGGCAGUGCUGAAUGACGCCGAGGCCAAGCAAAUCACGAAUUCAGCUGUUAAAGAUUGGGUCGAUGAGCUGAAAGAUGCAGUGUAUGAUGCGGAGGACCUGGUGGAUGAUAUCACCACUGAAGCUUUACGACGCACGAUGGAGUAUGAUUCUCAAACUCAGGUACGAAACAUCAUCUUUGGUGAGGGGAUCGAGUCCAGGGUAGAGGAGAUCACUGACACACUAGAAUAUCUUGCACAAAAAAAAGAUGUUCUCGGGUUGAAAAGAGGCGUUGGAGAUAAAUUUUCACAAAGAUGGCCGACAACUUCCUUGGUAGAUGAGUCUGGGGUGUGCGGUAGGGAUGGUGAUAAGGAGGAGAUAGUUAAAUUUUUGUUGUCCCAUAAUGCAAGUGGGAAUAAGAUAAGUGUGAUCGCCCUGGUGGGUAUGGGCGGUAUUGGAAAGACCACACUUGCUCAGGUGGUCUAUAAUGAUAGGAAAGUGGUGGAAUGCUUUGCCCUUAAAGCAUGGGUUUGUGUUUCAGACGAAUUUGAUCUUGUCAGGAUAACGAAAACAAUUGUUAAGGCAAUCGAUUCCGGGACUUCUAAAAAUUCGUCUGAUGACAAUGAUUUGAAUCUGCUUCAACUUAAACUGAAGGAGAGACUUAGCGGGAAGAAAUUCUUUCUUGUCCUUGAUGAUGUUUGGAAUGAAAACUAUAAUAAUUGGGAUAGGCUACAAACUCCCUUCACUGUUGGCCUACCUGGAAGUAAGAUUAUUGUAACUACACGUAGUGAUAAGGUUGCAUCAGUCAUGCGUUCAGUCCGUAUUCAUCAUUUGGGACAGUUAUCCUUUGACGACUGCUGGUCCCUAUUUGCAAAACAUGCAUUUGAAAAUGGAGAUUCUAGUCUACAUCCAGAACUACAAGAAAUUGGCAAAGAGAUUGUGAAAAAGUGUGAAGGAUUGCCUUUGGCUGCAAAGACCCUCGGGGGUGCCUUAUACUCAGAAUCACGAGUAGAAGAAUGGGAAAAUGUAUUGAACAGUGAAACUUGGGAUUUAGCAAAUGAUGAAAUUCUCCCUGCCUUAAGGUUAAGCUAUUCUUUUCUUCCUUCCCAUUUAAAGCAGUGUUUUGCAUAUUGCUCAAUUUUUCCUAAAGACUACGAAUUUGAAAAGGAAAACUUGAUUCUAUUAUGGAUGGCAGAAGGUUUUUUGGACCAAUCUGCAAGCAAGAAAACAAUGGAAAAGGUGGGUGAUGGGUACUUUUAUGGCCUAGUAUCAAGGUCAUUUUUUCAGAAGUCUAGUAGCCACAAAUCAUAUUUUGUAAUGCAUGAUCUCAUCAACGACUUGGCUCAACUUGUUUCCGGAAAAUUUUGUGUUCAGUUGAAGGAUGGUAAGAUGAAUGAAAUUCCUGAAAAGUUUCGCCACUUAUCAUACUUUAUAAGUGAAUAUGAUCUCUUUGAGAGAUUCGAGACCCUUACUAACGUGAAUGGCCUUCGGACCUUCUUACCCUUGACCCUAGGCUAUUCGCCUAGGUAUCACUUGAUGGAUAAGGUUUCAAAGAGUAGGGGACCAUGCAAUUAUGGUUAUUCACCAUGGUUUCGAUUGAGUAAUAGAGUUCUAAAUGAUUUAAUAUCGAAAGUUCAAUAUUUGCGGGUGUUGUCAUUGUCUUACUAUGGGAUAAUUGAUUUGUCUGAUACAAUUGGAAAUUUAAAACACUUGCGCUAUUUGGACCUUUCCUACACAUCCAUCAAAAGGUUACCGGAUUCGGUUUGUAGUUUGUAUAAUUUACAAACAUUGAUAUUAUCUUUUUGUAAAUAUCCUGUUGAAUUGCCUAUAAUGAUGUGCAAAUUGAUAAGGUUGCGCCAUCUUGAUAUUAGGCAUAGCAGUGUCAAAGAGAUGCCAAGUCAAUUGUGUCAAUUAAAAAGUUUACAAAAAUUGACUAAUUAUAGAGUGGACAAGAAGAGUGGGACAAGGGUUGGAGAGUUGAGGGAGCUUUCCCACAUUGGUGGCAUUCUUCGCAUUAAAGAGUUGCAGAAUGUGGUCGAUGGUAGGGAUGCCUCGGAGACUAAUUUGGUAGGCAAGCAGUACCUGAAUGAUUUGCGGUUGGAGUGGAAUGACGAUGAUGGUGUUGAUCAAAAUGGAGCAGACAUAGUGCUCAACAACUUACAACCUCAUUCAAAUUUGAAGAGACUCACGAUUCAAGGAUAUGGUGGUUUAAGAUUUCCAGAUUGGUUGGGAGGUCCCGCAAUGCUGAUGAUCAAUAUGGUGUCCCUACGUCUCUGGCUUUGUAAGAAUGUGUCAGCCUUCCCACCUCUUGGACAACUACCCUCUCUUAAACAUUUAUAUAUCAAUGGGGCGGAGAAAGUAGAAAGGGUGGGUGCUGAGUUUUAUGGGACUGAUCCUUCCUCAACUAAGCCCUCCUUUGUAUCCCUAAAAGCUCUGUCGUUUGUGUAUAUGCCAAAAUGGAAGGAAUGGCUGUGUUUGGGAGGCCAAGGUGGAGAAUUCCCUCGUCUCAAGGAGCUUUAUAUACAUUAUUGUCCCAAGCUAACUGGGAACUUACCAGACCAUCUGCCAUUGUUGACGAAACUAGAGAUUACAGAAUGUAAGCGGCUUGUGGCUCCACUUCCAAGGGUUUCAGCCAUCCGGGAAUUAACGACGAGGAAUAAUGGUCGUGUGUCUUUGAUGAGCCCGGCUAGUGAUUUCAUUUGUCUUGAGAGUUUGAUUACUUCAGACAUCUCACAGUGGACGAAACUGCCACCAGCACUGCAGAAGCUCUCGAUUGAAAAAGCCGACUCUUUGGAGUCCCUACUGGAGGAGGAAAUAUUGCAAAGCAAUACUUGUCUUCAAGAUUUGACAAUCACAAAAUGUUCUUUUUCCAGAACCUUGCGCAGAGUUUGUUUGCCCAUUACAUUGAAAUCAUUGCGUAUCUAUGAAUCGAAUAACCUAGAGUUGCUCCUACCUGAGUUCUUCAAAUGUCACUUCUCUUUACUUGAAAGGUUGGACAUCCUCGAUAGUACUUGCAAUUCUCUCUGCUUCCCGCUCAGCAUCUUCCCAAGGUUGACUUCUCUUCGGAUCUACAAAGUGAGAGGCCUUGAAUCCCUCUCCUUUUCAAUUUCAGAGGGGGAUCCUACAUCUUUUAAAUACUUGUCCGUCAGUGGGUGCCCCGAUCUUGUGUCUAUUGAAUUGCCAGCGCUCAAUUUCUCACUAUUUUUCAUCGUCGAUUGCUGCGAGAAUCUCAAGUCGCUGUUGCACAGAGCUCCAUGCUUUCAGUCAUUAAUAUUGGGAGAUUGUCCUGAAGUGAUAUUCCCAAUACAGGGUCUUCCCUCCAACCUAAGUUCACUUUCAAUUAGAAACUGUGAAAAAUUCAGAUCCCAGAUGGAGUUGGGUCUACAAGGUCUGACGUCUCUUCGACAUUUCGACAUUGAAAGUCAAUGUGAAGACUUGGAGCUAUUCCCAAAGGAAUGCCUGCUGCCCUCCACCCUUACCUCUCUCAAAAUCUCACGUCUUCCAAAUCUCAAGUCUCUGGACAGUAAGGGGCUUCAACUGCUCACCACUCUUCAAAAAUUAGAGAUCAGUUACUGCCCUAAGCUCCAAUCCUUGACAGAAGAGAGGCUGCCCACCUCCCUCUCUUUUCUAACAAUCGAAAACUGUCCAUUGCUGAAAGAUCGGUGCAAGGUUGGGACAGGUGAAGAUUGGCACCAUAUGGCUCACAUUCCGCACAUUACGAUAGAUGGCCAACUUUUGUAAUGAAGGCUUUUUACAUGUUUCGUGAAGCUGGAGCACCAAGAAGCCCUAUGUUUCCAAGAGUAGAGACUCCUGAGAUCUUGAUAAUCUGAUUUAAAAUCAUCUUAAAUCAGGUUAAAAUGGGCAUCAACACUUUCUGAAAGACUCGAAGUAGCUCCACAAAACUUCUUUCCAUGGGCUGAUUUAUUGAUAUUCAUAGCAGGCUAUCAAUUUGAUUUGCAAAAUGCUACAGAUGUGGCUGUUCAAUUCUCACAUCAACGAAUUGUUCAUAUAUCCUAAGCUUUUAGCCUUGAGUUUCUCAACAUUGCCGGAGGCUUUUGGCAACUAUCCAACCAUUUCAACUCUCUUCAAGAAUUGUUCUCAGACCGGCUCGGAGAACUUCUAAGAAGAAACGAAGUUUCCUUGCGACAACUGAAAACAUGUUAGUAUAGAAUUUUCCUUGGAAAACUAUUGUUCCAAAAGGCCUAUGUUUUCCAAACUUGAUAUACUUGCAUCAACAGCUUCAACAAUACCUUCUAUCAUCACAACAGCCUCUAAUCAUACACUAACUAUUUUUUCAUAUCGGCUUUGCCUUAAGGAAUUGUGAAUUCAUUGGAUCAACUCAUACCACCACUCUCCAUGCAUAAAUUUUAACAAGUACAAAUAUUUAAAGUUGGAUGGUUUAACUAUUAAAUUCUGUUGAUUACCAUUUUGGAUCUUUUGGAGCAGUUCCAGGAAGAAGAUUUGCCAUUGUCUGCCCAUGCAAUAGACGGUCUUUAGUUGCAAGUGAGAUUUGACGACUUAAACCAUUUUCAGGAAUGCUUCUUAAGAUACUACAAUAAAUACCACAAUUUGCUACCAUAAUUUUAGGCAUAAACAAAUUUUUAUGGAAAAAAGAAGUUUUUUGUAAUAAAUUUUAUUUUUAUGGCAAAAAGGAUUUUUUUUAAAGAUGAAGUUUCUAUUCGUAACAAAAUAUCAUAUUUAACCACAUCAUAUAUUUGUGUCAAAUAAUAUGAUAACAAAAUAUAUCAUACUAGUGAAUCCCCUUUGCCUAAUUUCGAUGCUCUCCUCGUCAUCCUUCUUGCUAUGGUGAUGAAUCCAAUGAUCUCUCUCUUCAGUCGCAGCAACAAACCCUGCCACUGUGUGGAGGUAUUUUCUUUUACCGUCUGUUUGGUUUCUUUAAUUCAAUUUUGAAGUUGAGUUAUUGUGUGUGUUUGUGGACAAUUCUAUUUCGAUGUUUGAACAAGAAAUUCACAAUGAUGAAUGUGAUUUGGGUCCUACUCCGAGACCAGUUGGUGAUUCUAGUUGAAGCCCUCUUGUUUUCUUGUGCAGUACUAUCUUUAUCAUCAGGGAAAAUAAAUGAAAAUGGACAAGCCAAGCCACUAAAAUGAGUGGCCUCACUAGAGAUCAAUCUGAGAAAACUUAGGAUUGUCCCUGGUUGUGAAUUAAGUUUUAGAAACACCCUCCUCUGCUUUAUUCCAUUUAGCAAAAAGCAACGUCUAAUAUAAGGUUUCACUAUCCUUAGAGCCAAACACAACUCCAUGCCCGACACACAAUAAUACCAUGGUUGAAAAUACAUAUACAUACAGGAGAAAGCUUGCCAAAGAGCUGCAUAAAUGUGAUGGUGAUUGCAAUAUAAUGAAUAAUUCCAGGCUUUGUAACCAAAAAAAAUAUACACUGCACCAAUUUGUAUUGUAGUGAUAAAUUUCUAGUUGUUUUUUCUCAUUGUUUACUAGAUUGAUGUUCUUGCCAUGUCUAUAUAUGAUACUUCUUCCAACUUGUUCUUGACAAAUGGUAUGUUUUGAUUCUUGUCCAGUUUUCUGUGAGCAUGGGAUGCUUAUCUGCUUCAUCAUUUUUCGUUAUUCUUGAAGAUCCUUUUAAGAUUUAGCUGUGUUGUUCUCAUAAGUAAAAUUUUAGGUUUGAGGCAGCAAGCUUGUAGGGCACAAAUCUGAAGUAAGUUCAUUAGAACUCAACAAAACCUUGGAUGCAUUUUCUUAUGAUGGCUAAAGGACAACCAAUCUUAAUCCUUGAUUUUAAAUCCUCUGGUGUGUGGGCUGAAAUGAUCCCAUAAUGAUAGAGAACUUGCAUCAAGUGGUAAUGAUAAUCAGCAUUCUUAGCUGCUAGUUUUGAAGUUGACGGACCUCACAGCUGCUGUGAAGGCCAUAGCCUGGUCACCUCACCAGAGCAGCCUCCUCGCAUCUGGAGGUGGGACUGCCGAUUGGUAUAUCCGCUUCUGGAGUACUACAAGUGGGAAUCAAUUAAACCAUGUUGACAAAGGAAGCCAGGUAUGCAAUCUGGCAUGGAGUAGGAAUGUGAACGAGCUAGUCAGCACACAUGGCUAUUCGCAAAAUCAGAUUAUGGUCUGGAAACACCCAUCAAUGACAAAGGUUACUACUCUAACUGGUCAUAGUUUGCUGGUACUCUAUCUUGCCAUGUCAUGGGAUGGUCAGGUACAGUGCUAUCUAUAUAUAACCAUAUAUACCUAUUUAUAGAUGCAUAAGUGAAUUCUAUGAGUGAGUUCCCAGGCAUAACUUACAAUUGCAUAUGCACAUUGUGGUUUAGGAAUAUCUUCCCUUCCAUGAAAACACCAGUAAGCAUGACCAAACUUCAAAAAAACAAUUAGUGGUUAACUUCCAUCAUCCUAAUUAAUAUUUUCAUCCUUUUUUUUUUUUUUUUUCUCUUUUCGAGCACGGGUCAAAGAUCGUCUUGGGACGAAGGCAUAUUUGAUGAAAACUUUGCACAUAUGGGCACAAAUCUAAAGUAAAAUUUAGCUGUGUUGUUUAUAUUUAACCACAGCCAGGCAGAGAAGUGGCGUAGGGACAGAAUAAACUCGCAGCUUGCUACUCUCAGUAAGCUAAUCCCCAAGUCUGAAAAGGAGUAGUGUUUUUUGAGUUCACUAAAUCGCUCUAUCAGCACUGCCGCAGAAAUUUCUCAUUCAACUACUAUUACCGGAGUUGUAGAACUCUCAUAUUGUAGUCUUCUUCUGAAUCAGUUAGAGUCCAGAGACUUUCUCACGAUGAUUCUGGUUCACUUGGAUAGGCCUGAAGCCAAGAACGCCAUUGGGAAGGAGAUGCUGAGAGGCUUACAAAACACGUUUGUAGCUAUUAUCAUUGGAGUUGGAUGAUAACUCCCAUUUGGCUGUGAAGAAGGUAGACGGUAGAGGCCAGGAUGCUGAGAGAGAAUUUGAGGUAUAUAUCAUUGUUGGUGGUGGUGUUGUUGUCCUGGUUCAUUUUUUUUCCCACUUUUUUGGUAAUACCCUUGAUUGGUAACAGGAUCAUGGUUUAAGAAACCAGAAUAGAUCUUCAGUGUUGGAUUGAUGAAUAAUGACUUGACAUCUUUGCUUUGUCUGUAUGAUUGCUAGUUGAAGUAACACUGCAAAUAAUUAUCACAUUAAAAGCGCAUUUAAUUUCCCUAUUGCUAGUAGUUAAGUCAUCUUUAAAUAUUUGUAUGUACUUUCAGAAGUUGGCAGCUGGGGCGGUUUUCAACAAGCCUUAUCUCGAUUAAUCCCCCACCCUGCUCAUGACCAUGUCAAGCUGAGAGCUUAAAAUCCACUGAAAUUUGUUGUAGCCCAGCGUCCUCUGCAGUCUUCAUUUUAUUUCAUACCUCAUCUGAUGGCCUUGCGGGCCAAUUCCACCAGCUGGACAAUAUUUGCUGAAGGGUGAAACACAUUUGAUAAAUAACAUUCAUUAAAUUCGAGUUUCUUAAACAUUUUUUUUCCUCUUAUAUUUUUAGGACAUGAACGAGUUUCUUAAACAUUAAAUUCGAGUCUGAUCUUCCGAGUGAAAAGCCCAGCAGAAACGCUUCUGAUCAUGCCUGGGAGACACAUGGUAGGUAGUGGCCAUUUUUGAAGUUCUCCAAAGAUCAAACUUGCAGACUUGUUCACUGAUGUUUAUGAUGUUUUACUAUUAAUCCUAUUCGAGCAAGAACGACAACUUAGAGAAACCAUCAAGAGAUAACCACAAGACUACCCCUCUGAUGUUCCUGUUUUGGCCAUGCUUGUGCAUGAAAAUCUAGGAAUUCUUACUCUGGAAAGAUUUAAAUUUCAGAAAUGGCCAUGGGAAGCUUAUAAAGUUGUAUUGGAUUUAAA